CACGCGCAGCUCUGGUAGACGUAGCACUUAAGCUCUCCUGUGUGUGUAUAUAACUUUCGCGCCAUUACAAGAGAGUAAGAGAGAGAGACAGAGAGAGAGAAAGAAAGUUCCUUUUCGAUUCACGUGCCAGUCAUACCCGUAGAUAAACAAAUAAACAACCAAACUAUAUAACGUGAUAACACAACAAAAAGACAAACACCAACGUAAAAACCAAUAAAAACCUUGUGGAAUUCUUUUACUUUUCUGCUGGUCUAACAACAUAUCCGUUGCAGUUACCCCCAAUCCUUACAUCCUUUCAUCUACAACUUCAACUUUUUACAGCCAACCCCAGAAGAAAAUGUCGCUGCUAACUGGUAAUAGUCAUUCCCUGUCUGAGGAGGAAAUCGAUGAAUACUCCGAUGGGACUGUCAAAUUGCGUAACUCCAAUAUUGAGCUAAUGGAUCAAGAUAUUCUAUAUCACUUGGCGCUGGGAAGUGAGAGUCACGAUUUAGUCGAAAUGUUUGGAGAUGUUAAGUUUGUUUGCAUGGGCGGUACACCAAAGCGUAUGGAGAAUUUCGCCCAUUUCAUUAUGGAGGAUAUUGGCUAUAAGCUACCAGCUGGAACUCAAUUGCAGGAUAUUAGCGCUUACUCCUAUCGCUAUUCAAUGUACAAAGUUGGCCCGGUGCUUUGUGUUAGUCAUGGCAUGGGCACACCCUCGGUUAGCAUUCUGAUGCACGAGAUGAUUAAGCUGAUGUACCAUGCCAAGUGCAAGGAUCCCGUCUUUAUCCGAAUUGGCACAUGCGGAGGCAUUGGAGUGGAAGGCGGCACUGUGAUUAUCACUGAGGAUGCUUUGGAUGGUCAACUGCGCAAUUCACAUGAAUUUACAAUUCUUGGCCAAACUAUUCAUCGGCCGGCCAAGUUGGACAAGAAACUGGCACGUGAACUCAAAUCUUUGUCCAGUGCCGAUGAUCCGUAUGACACAAUCAUUGGCAAGACUCUGUGCACAAAUGAUUUCUACGAGGGUCAGGGCCGCCUGGAUGGAGCCUUCUGUGAGUUCAGUGAGAACGACAAGAUGGCCUACUUGGAGAAACUGCAGGAGCACGGCGUGGUCAAUAUUGAAAUGGAGAGCACAAUCUUUGCGGCCCUGACCCACCAUGCUGGCAUUAAGGCAGCUGUUGUGUGUGUGGCUCUGUUGAAUCGUCUCAAUGGCGAUCAGGUCAAUGCCCCCAAGGAAGUGAUGCACGAGUGGCAGCAACGUCCUCAGAUACUUGUGUCACGCUACAUACGUAAGAUAUUGGCCCAGCAUGGUCAACUGAAGUCGCUGUUUGGUCAUCAGGGAUCCAUUAAGUCCCCCAGACGCUUCAAGCUUGUCCAACAGGAGUCUCAGGCCCAUGAGUAGAGAUCCUUUCUCUCUUUUUCUGUGUUUCUCUUUAAAAAGUAUACAAAACGGUGUUUCAACAUUCCUUAGUUUAGAUCAUCAUAAGUUCCUUAGUUUUAUUUUUGAAUCCUCAACCUCAUUAGUUAAUUUAAAUCUAAAACAAAAUAAAGACACAAAUAUCUAACAUUA